AUGGCAAAACCUCAAAACCUGGAUAAGUUAGCACUUUCCGUGGUGUCGACCCUGGUGGCGGUGACAGCUUGGACUUUGGUGAUUGCCGGCUCAUUCAUCCCUCGCUGGGCACGGCCGUUGAAUUCAAGUCGCACAGAUGCCAACACAACAUACAGUCUGUGGGGACGGGAGGACUGUUAUGGAGUUAUAU